CCGUGGUUCUUCCGGUUGUUGUUUACACCAGCGCUGGUUAAAGCUAUCCAUUUUAUAACCAUGGCCCAGAUGUAUAAACUGCUUACACAAGCCUUAAAAAAAUUGUCAUCUGUUUAGUUUUUUUUCUUCAUGGCUAGUCAACGUUUUAGUCAGAGACAACAAGGUAGAAUGACUCAGAAAAGUAAGACUGGCUACCUCUUGGCUAAAUGCAAGUUGGUCGAAUUAACUCUUACUUGACAGUCUUAACGCAGUGGCUAUUUGUAUGCAACUUGCCCCAUGUGUGCUCUGAGUACUUGGGGAUUUAUUAGCGUAUGUUUAAACAAAUGCGCUGAAACGGCGGAGGAUGAUUUGUGACCGCUAGAGGGCGCUGUUUCUGCAUCAGAAGAGAGAACAGCAUCGCUUCACUCCCAAUCACAUCCAGCAGAAGCUAAAGGAGACACAUCUGGAGACGCGCACGUCCUCACGCGGAGACACACACGAGUAAAACAAUAGGAAAAAUUCUGUGAAGCCAGCAACAAAUAGACAACAAUAUGAAAGAUCCUGGCUCUCUGUCAGAACAGUAAAAAGAGACGAUGGGAGAAGACAACAGGAGCACCUCCACCGGGACAUGGACUCUCAUCCCCCCAUCGGGGAGCCCCCAUGACCUCAUGGCCAAUUACGACAUCCCUCUGGAUUACGAGGUUCCAGUUGACGAGAUCCCAGACACAACUCAGGGACGAGCGUUCUUCGUGGCUACAAUCGUUAUCGCGGUGGUCCUGGUCUGCAUCAUGCUGGUCUGCGGCGUUGGGAAUUGCCUCUUUAUAGCCUCAUUGGCACGCUAUAAAAAACUAAGGAAUCUCACUAAUUUACUCAUCGCCAAUUUGGCAAUAUCAGACAUCCUGGUGGCCACUGUGUGCUGUCCCUUUCUGGUGGAUUAUUACGUGGUCAAGCAACUGUCAUGGGAUCAUGGGAUUGUGCUUUGCGUCUCCAUUAACUACCUUAGGACUGUGUCUCUCUACGUGUCCACCAAUGCCCUGCUAGCCAUCGCGGUGGAUAGGUACAUGGCUAUCGUUCACCCCCUGAAGCCCCGUAUGAAGUAUCAGACAGCGUACUGGAUCAUUUUCGGAGUUUGGAUAAUCCCAGUCCUCAUUUCGGUGCCGUCGGCCUACUUCGCUACAGAGCACGAGUACCCGCACAGCACGCUCGGCCACGACAGAAAGAUCUUCUGCGCUCAGAUCUGGUCUGCAGACCAACAGCUCAUGUAUCGCUCCUACUUCCUCUUCAUCUUCAUCGUGGAGUUCCUGGGGCCCGUGGUCACCAUGUCGGUCUGUUACGCGCAGAUCUCCAGGGAGCUGUGGUUCAAGAACGUCCCGGGAUUUCCGACGAAGCAGCUGCGUAAACGGCUACGACAGCGGCGCAGGACGGUGGUGGCGCUGAUUGCGGUUCUGGCGGCGUAUGUGAUGUGCUGGGCGCCAUAUUAUAGUUUCACGCUACUGCGGGAUUUCUACCCAGCGCUGAUCACACGCGGCCGUAACUCACUGGUCGUUUUCUACAUCAUCGAGUGCAUCGCGAUGAGCAACGGGGUCAUUAACACUCUGUGUUUUGUGAGCGUUAGGAACAAUGCCACAAAGUGCUUUAAAGUCGUCAAAAUUGCUCACUGGCGCUCGCUAACGAGGGUGAUCGCUGGAAAGAUGGUGGAAGACGACAUUAGGACUUCAUCCUUAAGAGUGACAGAGGAUCUGGAAUGUACACGAAUAAAGUGAAAUGAUGGAGAAAUAAACUAAAAGGUGAUACAAGGCCUCAACAAUGGCAUCAUGUGGGUCAAGAAAUGUCGGUAAAUUUGGAAGGAUCCACAGAGACAUGAAAACAUUUCUUACGGGAACAGAUAAAUUAAGAAAGACUUGUUUUGGAAGUCAAAACAAUAUGAUAGACCGGUUAUAUGGUUUUGCCAAGAGUUUAGAUAUAAACAAAAUUAACUGAUGAGAGACUGGCUUGUGUAAAUGCUCCCAGAUUAAUAUAUUAAUGUUAAAUCCACUACAGGAAUAAUUUCCCAAUUCAUUAGUAAAAACAUUGCCUCAAAGACCCCCUGACAUCAACGUGCAUUUUCAGUGAUCAGUGUAGAUUUGCUGAAGGUGACAAACCAGAAAUGAUGUUGCUGAUCAAAACCCUGACUUCAUUGAUUUUAAUAAAAGUGCCAGACAAAAUGUUCAAUUCAUAAAUCCUAUUCAGAUGAAUGUUCAAAAAAGUGGCUGUACCUACAUUUUUGUCAGUGAAAUGCUAACUUGUAUUCCUUUUCACACAAAUUGUAAAAGCAAAUUAUCAGACAAUAAAGACUUUUUGUGCAGUUUCUUGCACAAUACAUGUUAUGACCUCAAAACACUUUUACCGUAGUGCAUGACUUGUAAACUAAAUACAUUUUGAUGUUUGAAUCACAUAACCAGCUCCAUAUAUAUGGCUUUUCUGAUGUAGUAAACUUGCUCGGUAGCGCACCUGGUAAUUGCAUUUGCCAUGUGUCGCACUCAGGUAAAAUACUUGAGACACAAUUCACAAUAAAAGAGCUAAAACACUAA